AUGACCGGCGAGGAGCUGCGCAUGCUCGUGCUGAACAAGUGGGGGAAGAUGUACGACACGCGCAUCCACCAGCGAAGAGACCAGUUCAACAAACUCGGUCUUUAUCUGCAGAUAAUGUGGAAGCACGUCGGGCAGAAGAGCUUCCCGAUGACGGAGCAGCAGUACGUCGAGCAGUUAAGCGCCGUCGCGGAGCUGCUCACGGAGUGGGGGGCGCAAGACGUCGUGAGGCAGAAGCUCCCGCAGAGCACGAAAUUUCCAAAGAUGGACACGACGGGCGCGAACGCGGUGAUGAUCCCGCUCGAUAUCGAGCUCGACGAUUGA